CAGCAGUCCGUGUGGAACAGUGAAUCUAUCACAAACUGAUCGAUUAUUUUAAAUCAGAGAGUUAAAGUUCAAUACCAAGUUCUAAUCAACGUAACUCGAAUUAGUUUAAAAUUCGCAAAUCUAAAAUGAAUUUGGAAAGCUUGCUUCUUCCUUAUUUAUGGGAGAAUAUGGAACGUGCUCAUUCCACUGCAAAUCCGAAUCUUAGAGUUAGAAUCAAUCCGGAGAAUCUGGGUUCGAAAAUCAUGCACGUGUAUGAUUUCCUACCACAAAAAACAAGUCCAAAAUUGCACAUGGACUACUACAGACCAUGGGGUGAAUUGUUACGCAAAAGCGAAGGUGGUGCAUCAACGGUGACAGCUGACAAAAAUCAGUUCCGUGUGGACCUGGAUGUCCAACAAUUCUCACCUGAGGAAAUCAAUGUUAAAGUUGUCGACCGUUUCGUAAUUGUCGAAGCAAAGCACGAAGAGAAGGAAGACGAGCAUGGUUGGAUCUCCAGGCAGUUCAUGAGGAAAUACAUAAUUCCUGAACAAUGCGACAUCGAUCAAGCGUGUUCGAAACUUUCAUCUGACGGUGUCCUUUCAAUUAUCGUACCACGCAAGCAAAAAGUCAUUUCGGAAGGCGAAAGGGUAAUUAACAUUGAACAUACCGGGAAACCAUGCGAUGCGCAAAAUGAAGAAAGAAAGGAGAAAGAGGAGGAUGUGGAGUAAUAACUUGAAAUCUGACGGAUGAUUUUUAUCACCUUUACUGUUUCUAGCUCUUAUCGGAAAUAUUUAUUUAGUGUUAUAUGAAAAAAACGUCUUAAACGUAUUUAGAUGUGUAUAGAUAUUAAUUCGUUGCGCGAAUAUUCUUGUACGUAUAAUAUACAAAAUUCGUUGAAUAUACAUAUGAUAUUAUCUAUUAUUUUAAAUAAUUUUAUUUUUAUAUGUGAAUAAGUAUAUUAAAUUUAUUUCUAUUCGUCAUUUUGUAAUAUUUUGUAUUUUCGAAUAUGUUUUUAUUUUAUUUUAUUUAUAUCCUUUUAAUAUAUUUCUAUCUCUUUAAUGAUGUGAUGGCAAAUGAUGAUAUUGAUCUAUGUACUAUAUAUGAAAGUUGUACUGUAUAUGUAAAGUUUUAUAAGCGGCGGAUAAUAUGUCGAAAUUUAUUGUAAUUGUAAAGCAAAUCUAAACGAUCGAUAAAGAAAGUAAAGAAAAUAGAUUUUA